AUGUGGAAAGGAUUGAGAUUAACACAUUCUCAACUAACUCAGUUAACAAAAUUUCAUCAUAAUGGACCGAAAUUUCAACCAGUCGGUGUUCCAGCGAUAGAUUCUGUUUUGAACCAGUGGUACGAAUUCUGCAAUAAGCCGCCUAAAGGGUUUGAAAAAUAUUUCCAGCCAGGUUCUAGUCAAAAAUCUAAAACUCCAAGUGAAAAAGAAGCACCACCUGCGCCUUCAAAAGGUGCACAGCCUUCUCCUAAACCAAGUUCACCACAAGACAAAUGGAACAUGAACAUGUUCAGUAACUCCAAUAGUGGCGGCAAUCGCAGUGGCUACGAAGGCCAGGACAAAGAAAAAUGGAUGCUGUUUGGUGCAAUGGGUAUUGUAGGGAUACUAGCAUCCAUCGCAUACUUUGAGCUGCGCUACAGAGAAAUCAGUUGGCGAGACUUCGUCAACCUAUACUUACAUAAAGGCACUGUUGAAAAACUAGAAGUUAUCAACAAAAAAUGGGUGAGAGUGAAACUACACCCAGGAGCAGCUCUCGAUGGCAAGGUAAUCUGGUUUGCAAUUGGAAGUGUAGACUCAUUCGAAAGAAAUUUAGAAAAUGCACAAGUAGAAAUGAGUGUUGAACCUCCAAACUUCUUGCCUGUUAUCUAUAAAACUGAGGUAGAGGCUUCAAGUUUAACAGGAAUGCUACCAACCAUACUUAUUAUAGGAUUUUUAAUUUAUAUGAUGAGAAGAUCAGCAGAUAUGAUGGGCCGUGGGGGCAGAAGAGGUGGUGGCCUCUUUGGUGGUGUCAUGGAGUCUACUGCUAAACUAAUUAAUCCCACUGAUAUUGGUGUUAAGUUCCAAGAUGUUGCUGGGUGUGAAGAAGCUAAGAUUGAGAUUAUGGAGUUUGUGAACUUCUUAAAAAAUCCUCAGCAAUAUAUUGACUUGGGAGCCAAAAUUCCCAAGGGAGCCCUUCUCACUGGCCCUCCUGGUACUGGUAAAACCUUGCUAGCUAAGGCUACUGCAGGAGAGGCAAAUGUGCCCUUCAUCACAGUCUCAGGAUCAGAGUUCUUGGAAAUGUUUGUGGGUGUUGGACCUUCCAGAGUCCGUGAUAUGUUUGCAAUGGCUCGUAAACAUGCACCUUGCAUUCUUUUCAUUGAUGAAAUUGAUGCUGUGGGUAGGAAAAGAGGAGGGCGUAGCUUUGGAGGUCACUCAGAACAGGAGAAUACUUUGAACCAACUGUUGGUGGAGAUGGAUGGUUUUAAUACAACAACGAAUGUCGUGGUACUAGCUGCUACGAACAGAGUAGAUAUCCUGGACAAAGCUCUGCUAAGACCUGGCAGAUUUGACAGGCAGAUAUUUGUGCCUGCACCAGACAUCAAGGGCAGAGCUUCAAUCUUCAAAGUACACUUGUCACCUCUGAAAACUACAAUUGACAAGGAGAAGUUGGCUAGGAAGAUGGCUGCACUCACACCAGGUUUCACAGGCGCUGACAUCGCAAACGUCUGCAAUGAAGCCGCCCUCAUCGCUGCUCGUGAGUUGGCUCACGACAUCAACAUGAAAAACUUCGAGCAAGCUAUUGAGAGAGUCGUCGCAGGCAUGGAAAAGAAAUCCAAUGUCCUCCAACCUGACGAGAGAAAGAUUGUGGCAUACCACGAGGCUGGCCACGCAGUCGCCGGCUGGUUCCUUAAACAUGCUGAUCCUCUACUUAAAGUAUCCAUCAUCCCCAGAGGCAAAGGUCUCGGAUACGCCCAAUAUUUACCGAAAGAACAAUACCUCUACAGCAAAGAACAACUGUUCGACAGAAUGUGUAUGACAUUAGGUGGAAGAGUCAGUGAAGAAAUCUUUUUCAACAGAAUAACAACGGGUGCCCAAGAUGACCUGAAGAAAAUAACACAAAGCGCGUACGCACAAAUAGUCCACUACGGAAUGAACCCUAAAGUAGGCAAUGUAUCAUUCGAAAUGCCUCAACCUGGCGAAAUGGUAAUCGACAAACCAUAUUCGGAAAAGACCGCAGAGUUAAUUGAUUCCGAAGUAAGAGAAUUGAUAAACGCCGCGCACGUGUUUACAACCGAUUUAUUAACGAAACAUAAGGACAAUAUUGCCAAAGUUGCAGAAAGAUUGCUGAAACAGGAGAUUUUAAGUAGAGAGGACAUGAUUGAACUGCUUGGAAAGAGACCGUUCCCAGAAAAGAGCACUUACGAGGAGUUUGUGGAAGGCACGGGAUCCUUAGACGAAGACACGUCAUUACCCGAAGGCCUCAAGGAAUGGAACAAGGAGAAAACAAUAGUACCACCUCCAGAAAGUUUAAAACAGACGUCACCGAAACCAUCUUCGACCACCAAGUAA